AAGUGGUACGUGGCUUCGAAUAUUUUCCUACGAAUGAAGAACCGAAAAUCGUGAGUCCAGUACUACCAAAAGCAUAUCAUCGACGCCCCACUUGUAGCACACGGGUUUCUCGAUUAUUAUCCAAACCUCGACCGGGAAAUAGUAUAUCACGAUCCAUGGAACGACGGUAUUCGAGGACUCAUAUUUCCCCAAGACCGCACUGCUCCUAUAGAAGUUCCUUUCACGUUCCUAUCCUUACAGGAGACCAACGGCAAGAUACUGGACUGUAUACCGCAGCUGGACCAAUUCAUUCCUCGGGAUAAGCUCGCCUGUCGAAGAGUUGGUGCACGAGGGGACGACCCGCCUUUUGAGCUUUGGUGCCACAAGAACCAAAUGCAGAUGGGGCUGGAGGAUCCCAAUUCUAUGAAUCGCAUGAUUGUCAGCCUUACCGGUUGCCAAGAGCUACCGCAAUUAUGGUACGGCCCAGUCAUCGCUUUAAUAGUCCUCAGAGAUGCAUAUUGGAUGAAGUACACAAAUGUAGAAUGGCAUCACUUGGACGUUUUCAGAAGAUUUUUCAUGACUCAUUCCGGUCCCUCAUUCGUUUCUUUAGUGGGACAUUAAUCAGAGCAUUUAUCAUAUAGCGGUUAGUUAUUCUU